AAUUUUACUACAAAGACUGUACUACAUAGGAAAAAUAGGAAUGACAACAAGCAUAUAAUCCUCUUUCAUUAAAGGCGUGGAAGGAAGCAGGUGAGCGAAAUGCCUAAUUCCAAACCUGGAAGCCUUGUGAAGAGAGACGGGUAGGGCAGUGAGAGAUCUUAAGCUGUGGAAUAUGAAGCCUAAGAAAAUCAAGAAGCAUGAGAGAAAAAAAGCUUGUUAAGCAGAAAAAUCUGGGAAAAGCAGAGAAGGUAAAGGAGGCAGAGAAAAGAGAAAAUGAUUGGCUGCAUUGGAUCACAACUACACUUUUGAUAAAGAGAAUAGUGGAGAGACAGGAGCUUGAAAGGCUAAGAGAGCUGGAUGUCCAGCUGCUGCUAAAUGACUUGAAGGAUCUGGAGAGGCAAAGUGAGGAACAGAACAGGAUAGAGAUAAUGGAGAGGAUGCAGCAAACAACAUCCAGAGAGGGCUGGACCGGAUGUUACAGUAAGUACCGAGUAGACAGCCUGGAAGUUAUGGAGAGAAGGAAAGAUCUUGAGUUUAUUGAUAGACUGAAAACGGAAGAACUGGAUGUGGCUGCACUGAAGGAGAGUUUUGCACAGCAAGAUCAAGAGAAGGAUAAAUUGGAUGAAGAUGAGGCUGAAAAAUUGAUUUUGAAAAUGUUGAAAUGGUUUAAAGAUGGAAAGUUAGAGGAGGAAUUAAGAAGAGAGAAAAAUAAGCUGCAGAAAUCCCCAGUGCAGAUUAAUGUAAGGGGGACACAGAUGCAGCACAAAAUAGACGAAGGUAGAUUUGGGGAACAUUUAAAAGAAAGUGGUGCAAAAAAAUGGAAAUUCAAAUGUAAAAUGCUGGAGAGACAACUUGUUACUCAGAUAAAGAUGGCAGAAGCAAGAGAAAUGGCUAUGCUAAAUACAAUAAAGAAAAAGAGAGAACAGGAGGAAACAGAUUUAGAGAGACAAAUGGAAAAGGUAUUAGAGGAAAAAAGGAAGGAGUGUGAGAUAGCGAAAACAAAACGUAAUGAACACUUAAGAAAGCAAGAGGAAAUACAGAGUAAAACAGAGGAAAAAAUCGAGAUUAAGAGUGAACAGGAGAAAAGACAGAGGAAUUUGCUUCCAGAACUGCUCCCAGAAGUGGAGAAGCAAAGAGAAAAGGGGGAAUUAAAGAGAGACUUUAAACUGUUAAAGACCAGAAAAAGCAGUUUAAAGCAUGAAUGUGAAACAAUGCACCUAAAAAUACAGAAAGAAAUAGAAGACGACAAUCUUAAGAAGGAACUGAAUAAACGUGGAAAAGAGAAGGAAAUGGAGAAUGGUAAGAUUGCAGAGAACAGGGCAAUAAAUCAGAAAUGCAAGCGGAUGGAGAUGCAGUUUGAUAAGAAAAUGCAAGUAAUGGAAGAAAAAGAUGGGAUCCUAGAGAAGAAGGAUAAUACAGAAGAGAACUGUAGACAUUAUGAAGUAAGGAAGCUAAUUGAAAAAGAGAGAAAAAUAGAAGGGGAGUUGCAAAUGAACAAAUCUGAGAUGGAGAGAGAUAAUCAGAAAGUGUUUGUGACAGAACAAGAGGAAAAACCGAGGACGAUGGACGACCAUUUCCUUCUGCCAAAGUCAGAGAAAAUUAAAAACCGUUUGCACAAAUCUAAAGAAAGAUUUAAAUUAGAAUCAGAAAGGCAAAGCAAGAUGAAUGAAAGGACCCAAAGUAAGGAAGAAUUGCUUCUGGGAACUAAGACUGAAAGAGAGAAGGACCAAAGGAAUGAAAGACAAGGGAAAGGAUUGCAGAUUCAGCAAAUGGAGGAGCCAAAACCGAGUGAUGCAGAAAUACAUGCAAAACACCAAAGGGACCUGCUGCAGGAGUGGUUUCCCCAGGCAGAUAGCCAAACAAACCAAUCAAAGAAAGACUGUCUCUUGGAAGCUAAGACUAAAAAAGAAGAGGAACAAACAAAUAAAAGAGAAGGGAGACGAUUGACGUAUCAGCAAAUGCAGAAGCCAAGAUCAAGUGAUUCAGAAAUACAUGCAAAGCACCAGAGAGACCUGCUACAGGAGUGGUUUUCUCCGACAAAUUGUCAAACAAACAAAACAACAGAAGAUUUGUGCCUGCAAACUGAGACUGAAACAGAAGAGGAACUUAAAAAUGAAAGACAAAGGAGAGGAUUUCAGAUUCAACAAAUAAAAGAGCCAAGACUUGGUCAUACAAAAAUACAUACAAAUCACCAGAGAGACCUGCUGCAGGAGUGGUUUCCUCGGAUAAAUGGACAAACAAACCAACCAAAGAAAGACUUGCUCUUGGAAACUAAGAAAGAAAGAGAGAAGGAGCAACGAAAUGAAAGACAAAAGAGAAGAUUGCAGAUUCAGCAAAUGCAGGAGCCAAGACUGAACAAUUCAAAAAUAUGUGCAAAAUGCCAGACAGACCUGCUGCAGGAGUGGUUUCCUCGGACAGAUGAUCAAACAAACCAAACAAAAAAAGGCUGGCUCUUGGAAACUAAGAAAGAAAGAGAGAAGGAGCAAAGAAAUGAAAGACAAGGAAGACAAUUACAGAUUGAGCAAAUGCAGAAGACAUUACUGAAUGAUGCAGAAGUACAUGCAAAACUGCAGAGAGACCGUUUGCAGGAGUGGUUUCCUUGGAGAGAUGGCCCAUCAUGGAGAAAGAGGGAGAUUGGAGCUAGAAGAUAAAGACAUCUUCUGUAGAAUCCAUAGAUCGAGUCGGGCUUCUGAAGAAUUACUGUAGUCAAGUGAACAAACAAGGAAGAACUAGUCAAGUGGACAAACAAGACAUGGACGUGUGCUUUGUUUCAAUCCCCAGAUGAAGGCCUGGACAGCUAUCUAGAAAAAGCUAGCAUCUCAAAUCAAAGAAUAAAUGGGUGAAUUUUUAUGCAAAGAGUGUAGGGAACUCUGAAAAUACUUGUAUGCGGACCUACAGGACAAAAUAGUCUGUAAUAGAGAAUUUCCAUCUGAUCUUAAUUACAUUUUACAUACACACUUUCAAAAAAUAAAUAAUUGUGUUAGCCAUUAAGAUUUUUCUCCCAAAAAGGGAAUUGGGGUAAGUACACCCAUUAAGCCCACCAAAAUCUAUUUUCAGAUUUUUUUUUUUCAUUCUUAUUUACUUAAUGUGGAAUUCCUCAAAGUACUCCAGUUUCCUCCCACAGUCAAAAUAUAUUUGUUCCCAAAUUGUAAGUAUUGUCUCUCUCAGAGUAUCGUGUAUGUGUGUGUGUGUGUGUAUCCUGAAAUGUGGUGGCACUUCAGACCCCACGUAAACCUGUACAAUCUGUUAUAGAAGAUCAAUUAAAUA